AUGACCAUCAUCACCACCAAGAACACUAACACCCUCCGCUAUAAUCUUGUCCUCCACAUCACCCUCCAAAACCCCAACAAAGAUUUCGGCAUACAUUAUCAUAACAUCACGGUCAUGGCUUAUUACCAAGAGAAGAGGUUUGUUGCGGAGAGCUACUCUUAUAUGUUUUACCAAGAGAAAAAUGAUACAACUCUUCUCAAAUUGUCAUUCAGAGGACAGCAGGACAUGGAUACUCUUGGGGUUGAAAAGGAUCUUAAUUCCGAGGCUAAGCAUCAGUGUGCACACGUCGAGGACAACAAUGUAGGAUCAGCUAAUAAUAAUUACGACAUCUUUGUCAGACUCUAUCUUCAAAACACUGCAAUCCCUAAGGCGACGUUUAAGAAGAAUUGGAAAGUGAACUCCGAGUUCAUAUGCGACUUGAAGAAGGUUCCGUUGAUCAAGUCGGCGAAUUAUUUCCCCAGUACUUUCAAGACUAUCGAAUGUGAUUCCUAUCUCCCGCAAGUAUAUCAUGCACCCGGCCUUAAGAGUAAACGAUUUGUUUGGUAA